UUGUUUAGAAGAAGUGACUCAUAACCAUGUUGCUCUCUGUGCUGCUGCUGCUGGUCGGCCAUGCUAAAGCUGGUUAUAAUGGUGCUGUGUUUACCUACUCUACUAAAGAUGUCCAAGGAAAAAAGUUUUCAGUUAUGCAUCGCUAUAAGCUGAGCUACAGCUCAUAUGAAGAGCUUGAGUUGAGGUGUACUAGCUGUAGUAAUACCGAGGAAAGCAUAGGUGAAUGGUGUCUGGGAGAGUUUGCCUCGAAGUGGAAAAAUAUGAAUUGUGGUUCAUAUGAUGAUGGAUUGAAUACUGGAAACUGGAUAGAUAACAGAAACAGCAUUUCAACUAGCUUAGCUCAAAUGUUUGUUGAGGUAAGGAACCGAUCUGACAUCAACAAGCCCAACUCAUCGCCACAGACCAGAGUCCUCCCUGUUGUGAGAGUUCCUUCAAACUGUCCGAGAAAUAUCAGCUUGUUGACCUUCGACCCUGAUGGAGACGAGGUUAAAUGCAGAUAUGCAUCCUCUUCCUUAGAGUGCGACACCUGCACACCACCUUCUGUUUUCAGCCUCUCAUCAUCUUGUAUGCUUUCAUUCAGCCCGACUGGCAGCAGUUCUGAAGGUCCAUAUGCAGUGCAGCUGAUGAUGGAGGACUUCCCCAGAGAGAUCAUCACCCUGACUCAAAAUGAUGGUUCAAUAUCGCUGAGAAACACCAGCAGUGCCCUAAGCAAAAUUCCUGUCCAGUUUGUUUUUAAAGUGGAUCCUGCAGCCCCAUCCUGCACAGAAGGUGAAUAUCUGCCCAAGUUCCUGUCUCCAACUCCUGAACAUGGAGCUCAGAUCUUCAUUGAUGUUAAUCAGACGCUGGAAAUCCCCAUCAGAGCAGAGGCAACUCAGUCUGUCAUCACUGAGCUCCUGUUCAGCGGGCCGGUCGAUGUGGUCAAAAAUUCAUCUGGUUCAGGACAUUUCACCCUGAGAUGGACGCCUUCAGGGGAUGAAAAUGACGAAAGCCAUCCCAUCUGUUUUGUUGUCCAAGCAAAUGUCACCAGCUCUGUGUACCAGUCUGUUCAUCGAUGUGUUGUUGUGACUGUUGGAAACAGACCAACUGUGACUUCAACCACUGUCGUUGCUCCCACCAUCCCUUUGACAACUUCAAAUCCUCCCCCAAGAACAUCUUAUCUUACUGUUCUGAAACUGAAGAUCUCAACUAUGCUGUCACUGAAAGACAAUCAUGAAUUCAUCCUAAAAGCGAUCAAAGAUGAACUGAUCAGACGAGGGCUGCAUCCAGACAUAAAAGUUCACCUGGUUCACCCGGUUCAGUGGAAGUUAAAAAAACAACUGCCCCCUAGUGGCUAAUUGUGAGAAUGAAUGUGAUCCUUGCAGGGAAAUGUGAAUGGAUUUAGCCGUUUCUUGUGUCUUUUAAUUACUUUAGGGACUUAUGGCUGUUUUUAGAUGAGAGACUAAGUUUAGUUUUGACAAUGAGUAAUUAUAGUAAUGUUCAAUUUUUAUUCCUGUGUGGAAAAAACUGUUGUAAAAUAGGAAUACUUUAACAAGCGUACAUUUCAAUUAUUCAUCAGUUACCAAUAUGAAGUGAAUGAGCAGAAAAAAAUGUAAAUAACAUCAAUAUUUGGUAUCACCUGAACUAUUUAUUAAGGCAGGUAUUUACCUAUUUCUACUUUUUUAUUCCCAUCCUCCUUGUGCAUGUGUAGCAUUAAUGCCUCUGGGAGUUUUAUAAAUUUUAAUAUCUUCAUUGACUGUCUGUGAAAAUAGCUCUUUAAAUAAAUACAAUUUUUCAAAAUGAA